CKUAAACAAAACGGGAAAGCUCCUCCCUUGAGACUAAAUCUAUUCAGACUCGAUUGUUUGUGAUGUUGCGGACAAACUUAAUCAUUUCCUUUUGCUUAUGGGAAAGAGAAAUACUGCUGAUACCUUUGCUACUGUUUUGUUUUUAUCCGUUUAAAACAUUCCAAAUUCAUCUAAAAUAAAGGCACAAAGAUUUUCGUUGCUUAUUUUAUGUAUUUAACAUAUUUCUGAACAGUUUUUCAUACAGGCAGGCGACAUGUUAUAAACAUUUCUAAAACCGCUUCUCCAGAAAUAAUAUCUAGUUCAGGCGACCCACAAGAAUCUGCCCACGAUGUCUCUGAGCCACAAUUUUCAAGACGUGGUGGAGAACGGGGAGAUGCUGGUGGCCUUCAUCAACAGCGGUCAGCCCGAGAAGCUGAGAGAAGUGAAAGUCGAGCUCCAGACCCUCAUUGACAAGCACCUAGAAACAAAGAAGACGGUGAAACAGAUUCUUAAAGACCUGGCACAGAUCGAGGAGCGCUCCGGUCAGAGGCUGUUGGACAUGGAGGAGCAGAAGCAGCACAAGCAGAAGGAGCUGGAGGACUUAGAGGAGCAGCUGCAGCGGUGCACGGCCAAAAGCCAGAUCACUGACUCAGAAAUCCAGUUCCUGCAGACGGAGCUGGAGAGUGUGAGGAACAGCGAGAGGGAGCUGGAGACUCUGCAGAAUGAGGUGGAUGAAGACACCACCGAGGUCAUUCCGUCUGCAGUGUACGUGGCUCAGGUGUACUACCUAGUAACCAAGAUCAAGUGGGAAUACAACACGCAGCCCAACAUUUUGAAAGGAGUGCACUACGGUCCAGAUCUGGCCACGCCCAUCAACGUUGACACGUCUGUCCGCUCUCGAAGCGAUAUCAGCGAUCAGCUGUGGGACUUUGUCAGCACCGAGUGGUAGCUGAAGAACAUAUGUUGUGUAUAUUAGUAUUAUUUUUUAUUAUAUUUGUCUGUUGGUCAUCUUGUUGUUUUUCUUUAACUGUUGUUUAAAAUAAA